CCGAUUGUCCCCAAAGCAUCUUGAAAUACGACUUACGAGGCGUGCUUCAAAUCAAAAUACCUCGUAGGUCUUUUUUGUUUAGGAUUCUCAGCGAUCUCUUCUUUCUCUGUCUGUCUGUCUGUCUGUCUGUCUUCCUCCAAAAUUUUCUUUCUUUUUGGAGAGAGAGAGAGAAAAUGUCUUUAACAUGUGUGAAAAUGUCAGAAGAAGUGUGGUUAACAUGUCUGACUCAUGCAUUGUCCACAGAGACCGAAGAGAUCAUGGGCCUUCUUCUUGGUGAUAUUGAGUACUCUAAGAAUGGGAGUGUAACUGCACUAAUUUGGGGAGCGUCACCUCAAACAAGAUCUGAUCGGCGAAAGGACCGUGUGGAGACUAAUCCUGAACAGUUGGCUGCUGCAUCAGCUAAGGCUGAGAGAAUGAGCACAUUGGUUGGAAGAACAACAAGAGUAAUUGGGUGGUAUCAUUCACAUCCUCAUAUUACAGUUCUUCCUUCUCACGUUGAUGUGCGGACUCAAGCGAUGUAUCAACUUCUAGAUGCUGGGUUUAUUGGACUGAUAUUUUCCUGUUUUAGUGAAGAUGCAAACAAGGUUGGAAGAAUCCAGGUCAUUGCUUUUCAGUCCUCAGAUGGGAAGCAGAAUAAUGUGUCAAGACCUAUAUCUCUUUCUCCUGUAAAUAGAAGUUCAGUUAUAGAUCUUGAAUCAUCUUUAAGUUCCUCAGAAAAUUUAUCAGCAAGAUCUGGCUCUGGAAGGGCAGAGAGCCCUGAACUAGACACUGGUGAUUCAAGAACAGCUGCAGCAAAUAAGGGUGGUGGAAGAUCCUCGGAGUUGGGGGUUUUCUUUGCUAAUGCAGAUGCCAACUAUCUAGGAAGAGAGAGGAUGGGAGGAACCCACCGUGCUGACAGUUCAGACAACAUCAUUGUUGACAUAGACCCCAUGGAUAUGUCAGAAAGUAUGCAAGAAGCAAUGCACCGUUCGAAUUUGGAAAUGAGUGGUGCAGAGUAUGUCAGGAAAGAAGUUCCUCUUCAUGUUUUGCCGUCAUCUUCCUUUGUUAAGCUUGAAUCCCCUUUAACGUCGUUUACAGACCUGCAGCGUGUGCUAUAUGAAGAGGAGCGGGCAGCAUAUAACCAAGCCAUAUUGCAAAAUAUGAGGGAUGGGAAAGUGCAUCCGCUUUCUUUCAUACAUCAUACCUCAACUUAUCAGGCUUCCUUGUGCAAAUUAAUUGAGUAUUGUUUAAGUCCAGCCAUAAAGGCACUCCAGGACCGCUUAAAAGAGAAUGAAAAUCGGUUAAAAACGCUGACCAAUGAAGCCAAGUCUUUGGAGACAGAAGCCCUUAAAGGGGUUGAAUCAAGUUCAGGAUCUCCUCGUCAAGCUCCUUCUCAUGGUCUCCGAGGAAAUACUUCAUCUGGUCAUAGGGAUUUGUAUAGUCCAACUGAGCCCACGACCACAAGGAGUGUUGCUGGUUCUGGUAGCCGGAGCAGAAAGGUUUAUCAAUGAAAUUCCAGAAUACAGCCUCUUCCCAAUGUAUGUUGUAAUGUAGUGUUUAAAUUGUAAUUCGAACUCCAAUGAAGAUUUUUGGGGUUUAGUUUCUUGCACAAAUGAGUGUGUAUGGAAUGUGUUGUGAAAGUGGCAUGUUGGCUCCAGAGAUUUCAUUUUUUGUGUAGGAUUCUGGAGUCAAAAGACAUUUGUAAAAGUAGGAUGCAAAUUAUUACUAAAAGAUAAGAUAGAGAGAGAGAGAGAGUGGGAGAGAAGAAAAGUACAAUGCAAAUUGCAUCCUAAUUGUUUUUUGCACAUAUAAUGCUAUAAAGUUCAAAGAAGUUAAUCCAA